CAUUCUAUCCCUCUUCUUCUAAUUCCCUCUCUUCUCAUAAUAAACACACACACACACACUCUCUUACACUCACAAGAACAAUGGGAGAAGGCGAAGACAACGCAGAAGAACCACAGAUAAUCUCGAUCACCAUGCCACCACCAUUUCACCACCACGACAAGAAGCAGGCCGCAUUGCAUGUUUUACGGCGAGGCCGGAGGCGGCGGAGAGAAGAAGAAGAAAAAGAAGAAGAAGAAGAAGACCAUGACGAUGUGAAGAAAGAGGAAGAAGAAGAAGAGGAGAGAGAAGAGGUAGAGAGAAAGAUUGAAGCAUUGAAGAAGAUAGUGCCAGGUGGCGAGUCAGUAGAAGGAGUUGAGAAGCUCUUCGAUGAAACCGCCGGUUACAUACUCUCUCUUCGCUGCCAACUCAACACUCUUAGGGCUCUUGCUGCUUUCUUUCACAAUAAUCUCCACCAAAACACCAAUUAACCUUAACUUCGAGGUUAAUUAAUUGAUUAAUUCUACUUAAUCAUCAUCAAUCAACGGCUCAUUAGUUAGAUUCUUAAUUUUGUUU